AUGCCGAAGUCAUAUGUCUCCUUUCAGGACCCCAACGAAGAGGACAAUGUCGACUACUUCGCCGUUCACCCUCGCCCAGCAACGACCCCGUCCUCGCCAACAAUCUACCACAGACGCUCCAUUUCGAUAUCUGGCCCCGAGGUCGAGCGACGUUUACAUCCAUCCCUAAUCAUGACCUCCACCCCUGAUGAGACCACUGAACUGCUUGGAGGUAGUAUGCACUCUGCCAUGAGGAGGUAUGCAGACAACUCGAUAAUUUCACCUCAUUCGCGGCAGCUGUCGAGGGUGAACAGCUUCAACGGGAGUCUAAGGAGACGGAGGUUUCACAGUGCCCUUCCGUCCGGCCAAACAAGCCCCGUGUGGAACAGAAAGAACUCGGGAUUACGGACACCUAAACUUCAGCAGUCGCUGAUGGGAUCCAUUGCCAAAGAUGAUCGCCUGUGGUAUGAUCAGUUCACGUCGACCGACUGGGUACAUGACAGUAUUGCCGACGGAUACCGGGUCUUAGAACUCAAGAAAAAGAGAGGACUUCGAGGCCGCAUCCAGCUCCUCUACGAUUCUUCCCAAGGAUGGAUACUGGUUGCCCUGAUCGGAGUCAUCACCGCUGGGAUCGCUUACUUUGUUGAUGUGACCGAGUCCGCCAUCUUCGACCUCAAACGAGGCUUCUGUCGAGACGCAUGGCAUCUCGGAAGAGCCAGUUGUUGCGACGGCAAACGAACUUGUGACCAGUGGCGGACAUGGUCUCAACUUAUUCAUGCGUCUGAUGUGGACGAACAGUCGGUUGAUUUCGCGGCAUUCGUCAUCGGCUGCAUGGUAUUGGCAACCCUGUCCUGUUUCCUCACAUUGUAUUCCAAGACUAUUGUGCCUUCAACCAUUGCAUCGACAUUCGAUGAAGACCUAAGCGCUGAGCGGACGAGAAAUUUCGAUGAAGGCGACCAGGAGGCAAAGGUGGCAGCGGAACAGACUCAUGCUAAUGACUUGGCCCCCGGGAACGUCUACUACUCUGCUGCAGGGAGUGGUGUUGCCGAGGUCAAGGUCAUUCUCAGCGGAUUUGUUCUCCACGGAUACCUUGGUUUGCGCGUUCUCGUGAUCAAGAUGGUUGCCUUGAUAUUGAGCGUCGCUUCAGGCAUGAGCCUGGGAAAGGAAGGGCCGUACGUGCACAUCGCUGCUUGUGUGGGCAACAUUGCUUGCCGUUUGUUCUCAAAAUACAACCUAAAUGACGGCAAGAGACGAGAGGUCCUUUCUGCAAGUGCUGCAGCUGGCGUUGCUGUGGCCUUUGGAUCGCCUUUGGGCGGAGUUCUUUUCAGCCUCGAAGAGGUCAGCUAUUAUUUUCCUCCUAAGACUUUGUUUCGCACCUUCUUCUGUUGCAUUGUCGCAGCACUAUCUUUGAAAUUUCUCAAUCCCUACGGGACCAACAAAAUCGUCCUUUUCGAGGUCCGGUAUGUGACCGACUGGAAUUUUUUCGAACUCUUCAACUUUGCACUGCUCGGUAUACUAGGCGGACUGGCAGGAGCCCUCUUUAUAAAGGCAUCUCGCUUCUGGGCCACCACGUUUCGAAGAAUAAAAUUCAUCAAAAGCCAUCCCAUGUUAGAGGUCCUAUUGGUGGCACUCGUCACUGGCCUCAUCAGCUUCUGGAAUCGAUACACGCGACUCCCCGUCACUGAAUUACUGUUGGAACUGGCCAGCCCUUGUAACAAGGAUAGUACUAGCGGGUUGUGCCCCAAAGAAGAUGGGAUCUUGUCAGUUGUCGGCUACCUUUGUGUUGCAUUUGUUGUCAAAGCGUUUCUCACCACCAUUACUUUUGGUAUCAAAGUUCCUGCAGGAAUUUACGUGCCUUCGAUGGUCGUUGGUGGCCUCAUGGGUCGCACAUUGGGCCACCUCAUGCAGUACAUCGUCCUGAAGAGUCCGAAUUUCUUCUUGUGGGGUGGCUGUUCACAAUCUGGCGACUUGGAGGCCUGUGUCACUCCCGGCGUGUAUGCCCUGGUAGCUGCAGGCGCUACUAUGUGUGGAGUGACCCGCCUAUCAGUCACUCUCGCUGUCAUCUUGUUCGAGCUCACAGGCAGCCUUGAUCAUGUGCUACCGUUCUCGCUAGGAGUGUUGUGUGCGAAAUGGACAGCAGACGCUGUUGAGCCUUUGAGCAUCUACGACCUUUUGACAGAUAUGAACUCCUACCCGUUCCUCGACAAUAGAAGCAGCCCUGUCUUUGACUCGGAACUUGGAGAUAUCACGCCUCGGUUGCGACGAGACAAAGUCAUCGACAUUACCAUAUCUCCACUAGUCAAGGCGACUGAUCUUCGAGCCAAGCUCCGACGCCUGCAAUACCUAGGAGAACUUGAUGGCGGUUUGCCCAUCAUUCGAGACAAGAUUUUAGUUGGUCUCAUUCCAGCUCCGGACCUCGAAUUCGCACUGGACAGAAUUGAAGACGAGGAUAACGCAAUGUGUCUGCUCUCAUCGCAGAACAGUUCAAACACAAACCAUCAACGCUACUGGCAAGCAUUCGAGGAGACCGGGUACGAAUCUGAACGUGAGAGUUCGGAACCAGACGAGGAAUCAAGCGCGACUCCUAUCGACAUGACGCCAUACAUCGACCCUGCCCCAGUGGCACUAGACACACAUUCACCCAUGGAUCUUGUGUACCAAUGUUUUGUGAAGCUUGGCUUGCGAUACAUUUGUGUUCUGGACGAAGGUGAGUACCGAGGGAUGGUGCAUAAAAAGGCCUUUGUUAGAUAUGUUAAACAAUUGGAACAUUCGAGUCAUUGA